AAUCGCAGGAACGCGACGCGGCCAGUCGCUCCUCUGCAUCCGCUGCGCGCUGGUUAUGGAUCAGGACGCAGCGCGCCUCCCUGCUGUCUGCGGCGCGUAGAAAGGUGCCCAAAUGAACCGCCGCCCUCCCGGCUCCUCUGGAGUGCAAUGGCUUAACAGGAGAGACAUGAGUGUCCGAGCGGAUGACAGCAUCACCCUGUGCCAGAGGGCUCUGCAGAUCGUUACGGAACUUUGCCUUGCGGGACACGUGGACCGAGAGAAAUGCGCGGACAUUUUUCCCUUGGAGAGCAGCAUACAAGACAUCUCUAUCAGUCUCCUUGCUGUGGUCGUGGGUUUCUGUGGCCUAGCCUUGCUGGUAGUCUCUCUCUUUGUCUUUUGGAAGCUGUGCUGGCCCAUUUGGAGGAGCAAGACUCUGUCGGCGCACGCCGAAAAUGGCCUCCACGUGGGUUUCCCCGAGGCGCCUCCUCCCAGUUCCACUCCGGUCAUCGAGUGCAAAGUGGCGGAGGUGGAGAAGAAACACCCGCCGGAGGUGAAAGUGAACGGACGGAGCAACGUGAAGUACCUUGAAGGAGCCAUGAAGAUCAGUCAGACGUCGCCAGACAUCCCUGCAGAGGUGCAAACAGCCCUGAGGGAGAAGAUCAGCAAACAGCCGACGAAGAUCCAGAGGCAGACGACUGAGCCGACGUCGUCCUCCAGGCACAAUUCAUUCCGCCGCCACCUCCCUCGCCAAAUGAAUGUCAGCAGCGUAGACUUCAGCAUGGACAAAGUGCCUCUCCGCCAGUCGUCUACGGUGAGCAUCGGAAGAAUAAAACCAGAACUGUACAAGCAGAAGUCUGUGGACUCUGAGGAUGAGGCCAAAGGUCACGUGGAAAUCUGUGGGAAGCUCAGUUUCUCGCUGCUUUACGACUACGAGGAGCAGGCCUUACUGGUGAGGAUCCUAAAGGCCUUGGACCUGCCGGCCAAAGACUUCACAGGCACCUCCGACCCGUAUGUGAAGAUCUACCUGCUGCCAGAGAGGAAGAAGAAGUUCCAGACGCGAGUUCACCGCAAGACUCUGAACCCCACGUUCGAUGAGACCUUCCGUUUCCCCGUGGCGUACGACGAGCUUUGCAACCGCAAGCUGCACUUCAGCGUCUACGACUUUGACCGUUUCACAAGCCACGACAUGAUUGGCGAGGUUGUGGUGGACAACCUUUUUGAACUGUCUGAUCUGUCGAGGGAGGCAGUAGUAUGGAAGGACAUCCACGCAGCAACCACAGAGAGUAUCGACUUGGGCGAGAUCAUGUACUCGCUGUGCUACCUGCCCACAGCGGGGAGAAUGACCCUAACAGUCAUCAAAUGCAGAAACCUCAAAGCCAUGGACAUCACAGGCUCCUCAGAUCCGUAUGUGAAGGUUUACCUGGUGUGUAACGGACGGAGACUGAAGAAGAGGAAAACGACAACCAAGAAAAGCACACUCAAUCCUGUUUACAACGAGGCCAUCAUCUUCGACAUUCCCCCAGAGAACGUGGAGCAAGUCAGUCUCUCCAUCAUGGUGAUGGAUUACGAUCGGGUUGGACACAAUGAGGUGAUCGGUGUGUGCCGAGCCGGCCCAGAUGCUGUGGGCCUUGGACGAGAUCACUGGAACGAAAUGUUGGCUUACCCGCGAAAGCCCAUCACACACUGGCACGCUCUGGGAGAGUGGAAGGGAAGAGCUGCAAGCUUUGAGAGUCAAGGUUCGUGUCCUUCGCCCAAACCUCUGCAGACUCCCUGACGAUUCCAGGUAGAGUCAGAGCAUCGCUGCUGUGGGAAACCAGAGAUAUUUACUGUUCUGCAGCGAACAGGGAUGGAAAACUGAUCAUUUGAUCUGGGAAUUGAAUCCAACGUCUUUUAGUGAACCACGGAGACGGCUAUGCACAACACCCACAGGCAUUCAGUUCAAAAGUUUAUGGAGAGUUUUUACCAUCCAUUUACAGAAAUGACAUCAAUAAUAAUAAUAUUAAUAACAAGCAUCUCUUCAAGAAGUCCAUGAUAGUUCAUGUGCAACUAUUUAAUCCCUUUCAGUAUUCAAGCUCUUUUAGCCUUUGCUAUUUUAAUUUGAAAUGGCACAAAGUUAAAGGGCUACGCCACUCAGAGACAUUUAGUGAAUAAAAAAGUCACCAUCCGAUUUCUGCAGGUAGCUAAACAUCUGCAAGGGCUGAGUAAAAUUCAGAAAAUUCAUCCUUCACAUUUACAGGAACAGCUGCUGCAGAAACGAGUAGCAAACAAAUUACCAGAGCAACAGAGAACAAGUUUGUCUGAAAUUAUUUUGUGCUGUUAGUUUCUGAAAGCCAAACUGAAUCGCAAAAUCUAAUAAAACAGCUGAGUAUUUAUUUUUUUACUGACACAAAAGUAUUUAGGUAAAAUAAAUAAAACUUAAUCUUUGUACUUCCUUUAUAGUAAAGCUGAGGACUCCAUUGAUUUAGCUUCAGUUGGUUAGAAGUUUCCAUUAGUCUGGGGCUUUUACUGAUCUACUGGAAUUGUUUUUGUUUUCUCCAAACUGGAUGAUUAUAGAGCUGUAAGGAGCGAGUACAUUUUUCCCUUUUACCUCUAAAAUUGCCUUAGUUCUUAAUUAAUUUGAUAAAUAAAAGUGCCCGUUUUGACAUUACAGCUUUAAACAACAGCUCCAAACUCAUCCACUGCAUCAAAGAUGUGUCUUGAAAAUAUAAGAUGUUGUCCUAUUGCAUUUAAUUAUGGGAUUAUAAUGGGAUUUGAGGGAAUUGCUCCUCUGUUUUAAAAACUUUGCUACAAGUUUCAACAAUAUAGCAAUUCUAAGGACGGAAAUUUCCCAGUUUGUUGUAUGGACACAAAAAGACGGUUCAAAGAAAUCAAACAUCUAAAAAUUAUUAGAGUGGUAAAAAGGGGUACAUUUUUAUCUGCAACUGUACAUAAAUCAAUCCCACAGUAACAGAGUAUCUCGAAUAUUGAAUUAAACGUUAAUUGAAGAAUUGGGAGACUGAAGAAAAUCCUUUUUUAAUUAAAUAUUAUUCAGGGAAACAUUCUGAAUUCAUCCAUAUGAAAUUCAUUUCUGAAAUCUUCAUGUUAGUAAUAAAAUAUUCAGCCUAGCAAUUAGAGAAAGGCUAUGUACUGUUAUCUUAUUGCACAUUCAGUAUAUGAUGCUUUCUUUCUGCUUUAUCCUCAGUAUAAAAAAAGUCAUAUUUUUACUUGUAGCAUGCCUGUUGCCACUUUAAAUAAAAUAAAAACACCUACUGAAGGGAAAAGAGUGCAAUGUUUAACUCUAAAAAUCUUAAAUUUUGUGUUUACACUUAUGUAGAUAUCAAUGCACAGAAUCCUGUGUUCACAACUCUGUUUCAUAAAAAGUUGGGACUGUGUAAAUAAAAAGCAGAAUGUUGCGAUGUUCAGAUGAUGUCAACAUUAAAUCACAAUAAAAUCACUAAAUAAGUAAUUCUGCAGGUAAUGAAUCACCAUUAGGGAUCCACUGCAGUUCUCUGAUGGAUUAUCACGGUUUCUAUGCUAGAAAACUAGAAAAUAUCUAUUUAUUAUCACUAUAUAACUGUAUGCAUAUUGCAAAAAUAGUGCCUAAUUGCAAAUGUCAAAUUAUUUAAGUAAAAUGCAUAAAAUAAUGAGUUUGAUUAAGUUGAUUCGAUGCCAAAACUGCAAAUAUUGAACAGAACCAAAAGCAGAAAGACAUUAAUACUUUUUAGCUUUUUAUUUUCGUUUAAGUUUCCUCGCAAUAAGCAAAUAAUAUUACAACCAAAAUAAUAACAAUAUUUUGGUUGUAUUUUUUUCUUCCCUUCUUUCAAAACGUUUCUGCUUAUAUUUUAGAAGGGAUGGAAAGAGAUAGAAAGCCAAUGUUUGGGUUGUUUUGGUUUUGCAUUUGGCUCAUAUGUUUGUGAUGCAUUUCCACCAUAAAGAAAAAGACAUAAAACUCCAGAUAUCUCACAAACGAUCUAUUAACAUACAUGGAAAACCUUAAGAAAACCUUAUAAUAUACCAGAAGUUACGGUGACGGCCAUAAGAAAGACUUUCAGUAUUCAAUUAUGAACUGAUCAGUAUGUUAUUGUGAGAGAACGCAAAAAGAAAACAAAAUCCUCCAGGUCCGUUAGGAGGCUCCAUAGACUAAACAAAACUUAGAUUUUCAAAAUUUAAAAAAAGAAAAUCCCAUUUUUGUGUUAAUACAGUAUUCUGCUUCUAAUUACAUCCCACACAGAUCCCAACUGCUUUUUGGAAACAGGGUUGUUCUCGUCAGCAGCUCCGUUUGUAAAUACCAAGAAGUGAAACCUGGCAAGUUGUUGUGAAUUUAUGGAAAAACAAAGACAUCAAAAAUGUAUUUCUAUUGUUUGGUGACACUUUAAAAGUCUCAGACUUGUAUUCAAGUGACAUUUCUACAUGUCCUGUAAUAGUUGUGAACAAAUAAGUGGAGCUGGGAAACCCAGCGAAGCCAACUCUUAACUUAUCAACUCGUUCUGUAUGUAGGACACUAGAGCUUUGAGCUGUAAUUGUUUAACUAUUCGGUUCAAUCUGUAUUAAGCAAGAAAUAACUGCUGCCAAUGUCAUGAUGUGUACAGUUUGUGAUAACUUUUGUAAAACAUUU